GUAUUGGGCUCAGCUGGACUUUCUAAGAGAUUCCACUGGACUGCAUUGGCUUAUUUUAGUUUUAUAUAGUAUCUUGUGAACUCCCUAACCCUAACCCUGAUAGUUUGCUGAUGAAUGGAGUUUGAUCGACUUUGCAUUGUAGGGUUAUUUGUCUAAAGGCUUGGGCAAUCUGAGGUAAAUUAAGGUAAUUAGAUGUCAGUUUUGGACUCGUCUGCUUCAGAUUACUUUGAAUAAAAGGUCAUUUAGACCAGAUUAUUUAUUUAAAGACACAAACAGGAUAGAAAAAUUCAAGGGCGGCAAGUUGCACUUUGUUAAUUUAAUUGAAGUGGGAGAAAUUGGGUCAGGUUUGUUUGCAUAGGAGGUCAGAGAAGACAGUUACCUUCCUCGAUUUGGUUAUUUAUUUUGAUAGACAGGUUGGGAUACUCAUUUGAAUGUUGGCCUAGUUUAAAACUCAUGUCUUGGUGGAGGAUGCAAAAGACCAUCAGGAACAGUAGCAGCUGCAGCAGCAUGAGUCUCCCGUGUGUCCUGUGGCUGCUCAUGGUCUGUCUGGCUCCUGGAAGCCAAGGCCAAAGGCUGAGGGAGACAGAGGCGGAGCAGCCGGCGGCCAGGCUUCAGCUGGCGGAGAAAGAUGCACUCUGCCACCCGGAGGGAUGCUACACUGUCUUCCUGCAGAAGAGAACCUUCAGGGAGGCUGGGCGGAGCUGUCGGGAGCGAGGUGGGACCCUGGCAACGAUGCAUACCCACGAGGCAGCGGGUGUGGUCCAUGAGCUCCUGUCGGCCAUCGAGGCACAGGGGAGCAGGUUAAGGUUUCGCCUGUGGAUUGGGCUGCACAGACCUCCGCGCCAGUGUUCGUCCACCCGGCCACUCAGAGGAUUCGUCUGGGUCACAGGAGACCAGGAUGGCCAGUUCACCAACUGGCUUCGUGAAGACACCCCUGGGACUUGCGCGGCCCCUCGCUGUGCGGCCAUGACUGUCUACACCUCGGAGAGCGGCCGGGAGAGCAGCGAUAACUUCCGGUGGAUCGAUGGCUCCUGCGCGGUGCCGUUGGAUGGUUACGUUUGCCAGUACAACUACAAAGGAAUGUGUCCACCACUGGAGGACGAGGGUAGAGGCCCAGCUGUUUACACCACCCCGUUUCACCUUGUCAGUGCCCUGCUGACCCAUGUGCCCUAUGGGUCUGUAGCUGCUGUACCAUGUCCUGCAGACAGCUCGGACCCAGAUGCUCCUGCUGAGCAGACUGUACUGUGCAUGGAGAGAGACGACGAGACAGUGGGCUGGUCCAGGGAUGCCCCCCUCUGCUCGUCCGGUUCAACUUCACAGAACCAGGACUGGUGCAGCGAGGACCAUGGAUGCGAGCAGUUCUGCCAGAACACAGACACAGACUACUACUGUUACUGCUCCGAGGGCUUCACGAUAGAUGAGGAUGGGUACAGCUGCAAGCCUGACCCUCUCAGCCAAACUGACCCCCCUGAGUUAUCCUCCGACUCCGCCGGUCCCACUGACCAGCCCCACAUCAAUCAGGUCUGUGUGGAUAUGGGUUGUGAGUAUAACUGUGUGGAGACAUCUCGGGGCAUGCGCUGCACAUGCCCCCCAGGCUACCAAAUGGGCCCAGAUGGCCGCAGAUGUUCUGAUGUAGACGAAUGUCAACAACAACCAUGCCCGCAACUCUGUGUCAACAUCCCAGGCACCUUCCACUGCACCUGCCACUCUGGGUACCAGCCAGAUGAUGAGGGCGAGUGCGUGGACAUCGACGAGUGCCUCGAUGAGGGCAGCUGUGAAGGCACUUGUGAAAACACCGUGGGGUCCUUCAAAUGCCUGUGUAACCCUGGGUACGAGUCGGGCACUGACGGAAAGUGUGUAGAUGUAGAUGAGUGCGUGGGGGAGUCGCCCUGCGAGCAGCAGUGUCUGAAUUAUAUGGGUGGGUACCAAUGCUACUGUGACAAUGGCUAUGACCUGCAGUCAGAUGGACUUAGCUGCCUGCCUUCGCCAGAUGAUGAAGAAUACUCCACCCUGACCCCUGACCCCAGUGACUCCGCUCACAUACCUGAUGUGGACCCUAACCAUGACAUGCCCUGGUCCACCUCAUUCACCCCUGACCCGAACUUUGAAGCUGACACUAACUUUGACGUUGACUGGCUUACGGAAGCCCCUGAGGGACUCUCUCCUGACAUGGCUCAUGGGCGAGACAAUUAUCUGAACCAAUGGGAUGACCUGUCACCAAAGCAAUAUCAGACAGCCCCAUCCCCAACUCAAAAAUAUAACACGGGCAACGAAAUUGAUAAUGAGGCUAAGACAGGAGGUAGGGAAGUUAGUGGUGGGGUGGAAGCUGAGACUGCAAACGGGUCAGCCACCGGGACUGGGGAGGGGGAGGGGUCUAAGAUGGAGAGUACAGAGGACGUCAGCGGCACAGCGGACGUAGAAGAUGGCUCUGCUGAGGGCAAACGGAAACACGACAAGAGCUGGCUGCUGGUGGCCCUGCUGGUGCCGCUGUGUGUGUUCCUCGUAGUGAUGCUGGCUCUGGGGAUCGUCUACUGCACCAGCUGUGCUGUGGACAAGAGCCUGAGCUUCUCAGACUGCUAUCGCUGGAUACUCCCCACAACGCCUCCUGACAGGAGGGACGGCAAAGCCCAAGCAUGAACCCUAAAAUAAACAAACGUACACACACACACACACACACACACACAC